GUCCUGCGUCCUGCCGAGCAGUCCUUAUCCAUGGAUCUGAUCCGAAGCUUCCACGCGAAGCUACGGUCUCUGGCCAUCACCCUCGACAGCGAGACGGCCCGGCUGCAGCGAGCGCUGGACGGAGAGGAGAGCGACAUUGAAGAUUAUCCAGUGAGAAUUUUAUAUGACCUUCUUUCUGAAGUCCAGACUCUAAAGGAUGAUGUCAUUCUUCUUCUUGAUAAAGCAAGUUUGGAAAGUCAAGAAAGCAUUGGUUUCAUAAAGGCAACAAAAGUACUAAUGAAAAAAAAUUCAAUGGAUAUCAUGAAAAUAACGGAGUUUUUCCAGAAGUAUGGAUAUAAUCCACGUGCCAAGAAAAGCUCAGUGGAUGAACAAGAAAUCACUGACUCUGACUCAGAGUCCACUAAGCAUGAAAAUGUCCAGAUGCCUGAUGUGAAGGACAGUCUGUCCAAUCCUGCUAUUCCAAGCACUGCUAGUUCUGAGAAGUCUCCACGGAGUCCCCAACUUUCAGAUUUUGGGCUUGAGCGGUACAUGAUAUCCCAAGUUCCACCAAACCCUCCACAGGCAGUAAACGACCAUGAAGAAGAGCCCAGAAUUUUAACUCCAUCUUCCAAGCAGUCCGUAGUUAAAGUACUAAAAACUCCAAAAUGUGCCCUAAAGAUGGAUGAUUUUGAGUGUGUAACUCCUAAAUUAGAACACUUCGGUAUCUCUGACUGUACUGCGUGUUUGAAUGAAGAUUACACGAUGGGACUUAAAAAUAUGAAGGAGAAUAAAAGUGAGGAGGCCAUAGAAUCAGAACCGGUGACCAGUAAUCAUUUCUUUGCUACUCCUGGCCUCAUAAUCCAGCAGCUGAAAAAAAAUGAUGGCGACUAUACAGAUUCCCCCUUGGCACCCACGUUCUGCACUCCUGGUUUGAAAAUUCCUUCUACAAAGAACAGUAUAGCUUUGGGAUCCACAAAUUAUCCAUUAUCGGAAACAAAUAGUUCAUCAAACGAUUUGGAAAUGAAAGACCGUACAUCGUUAGUUUUAAAUUCGGAGAAGUGUUUUGAGAGUUUUGCGGAUCCCUCUUCUCCCGUAAUUUCUUCUUACGAGAAUCUGCUGAGAACACCUACACCUCCAGAAGUCACUACCAUUCCAGAAGAUAUUCUUCAGAUUUUAUCAAAAUACAACUCGAACCUAGCUACUCCAGUGGCAGUGAGAGCCGUGCCACCCGGCAAAGCGUUCCUCGCCAAAUACGGAGCACCGAGCGUCCGAGGUGCUGGCAACAAAGAAAACUGGUGAAG